GACAGCGCUGGGAAGGAGGCUUGCACGCGGAGCUGCGUGAAACGUAGACUUGGGAGCGGGCGGGAGAGGAACGGGGAGCGCGGCUGCACAGCCUUGGCCAGCCCGGCGAGGCGGCGAUCGCAGAGGAGGAGGACGAGGAGGAGGAGGAGCAGCAGCGCUGCAGAGGCGGAGGGAUCUGCGCACCAAAGCCAUCCAGGCCAGCAAAGUUUGGCUGGGGGUUGGACUUUCCGUCCCGGAGGCGGCACCCAAACAGCUACCCCGUGCGGAAACCUAAACUUUCUACUGCCACUCGGAGUCUCGCGGCCGCCGCCUCCGCCCCGCGCGUCCGGGGCCUGCCCGUCAGUCCGUCGGUCCGCGUGGAGCCGCUCGGGCGCCGCCGUGCUCCCGAUCCCCGCAGCUGCAGCGCCGCGGUCCUGGCCCGGACGCCCGGGCAAGUUCUCCAGAGUUUAAAAGCGAAGUUCGGACGAGGCGCGGGCCGUGCCGCCUCUGUGCGCCCCCGGCGUCGCCAGUGCGCCCAGCCCCGCCGGGGGCGCCGGUGACCCUCCCGUGCCAGCCAUGUCGUCCAUCCUGCCCUUCACCCCCCCGAUCGUGAAGCGCCUGCUGGGCUGGAAGAAGGGCGAGCAGAACGGGCAGGAGGAGAAGUGGUGCGAGAAGGCGGUCAAGAGCUUGGUGAAGAAGCUCAAGAAGACGGGGCAGUUGGACGAGCUGGAGAAGGCCAUCACCACGCAGAACGUGAACACCAAGUGCAUUACCAUCCCCAGGUCGCUGGAUGGCCGGCUGCAGGUAUCCCAUCGGAAGGGGCUCCCCCAUGUUAUCUACUGCCGCCUGUGGCGAUGGCCCGACCUGCACAGCCACCAUGAGUUACGGGCCAUGGAGCUCUGUGAGUUCGCCUUCAACAUGAAGAAGGAUGAAGUGUGUGUAAAUCCUUACCACUAUCAGAGAGUAGAGACACCAGUUCUACCUCCAGUGUUGGUGCCACGCCACACCGAGAUCCCGGCCGAGUUCCCCCCGCUGGAUGACUACAGCCAUUCCAUCCCCGAGAACACUAACUUCCCUGCUGGCAUUGAGCCCCAGAGCAAUAUUCCAGAAACCCCACCUCCUGGCUACCUGAGUGAAGAUGGAGAAACCAGUGACCACCAGAUGAACCACAGCAUGGACGCAGGUUCUCCAAACCUCUCCCCAAAUCCGAUGUCCCCAGCACACAAUAACUUGGACCUACAGCCAGUCACCUACUGUGAGCCGGCUUUCUGGUGCUCCAUCUCCUACUACGAGCUGAACCAGCGAGUUGGGGAGACAUUCCACGCCUCACAGCCAUCCAUGACAGUAGAUGGCUUUACUGAUCCCUCCAACUCAGAGCGCUUCUGCCUCGGCCUGCUGUCCAAUGUCAACCGGAAUGCAGCUGUGGAGCUUACACGGCGGCACAUUGGGAGAGGUGUGCGGCUCUACUACAUCGGAGGGGAGGUCUUUGCGGAGUGUCUCAGUGACAGUGCAAUCUUCGUCCAGUCUCCCAACUGCAACCAGCGCUAUGGCUGGCACCCUGCCACUGUCUGCAAGAUCCCCCCAGGCUGCAACCUGAAGAUCUUCAACAACCAGGAAUUUGCUGCCCUCCUAGCCCAGUCGGUCAACCAGGGCUUUGAGGCUGUCUACCAGUUGACUCGUAUGUGCACCAUCCGUAUGAGCUUCGUCAAAGGCUGGGGAGCGGAGUACAGGAGACAGACAGUGACCAGCACCCCCUGCUGGAUCGAGCUACACCUGAAUGGGCCCUUGCAGUGGCUUGACAAGGUCCUCACCCAGAUGGGUUCCCCCAGCAUCCGCUGUUCCAGUGUGUCUUAGAGACACUGGGAAUAAAGGGAGCGGGUUGGGGAGGGCGGGUGUGGGGAAAAUGACCUUGGAAGAGAACUCCAUCCAACUUGGUCUUGUCAAAGAACACAGAUUCCUCUCAACUAAGGCACCAACCUGUUUCUGAGACCACAGAAGAAAAUCCCAGGGAUGGAUUUUAUGAACAGCUGUGUCUGCUUCAUACACGUGCCCCAGUCUGAAGGCCAAGUGAUGGCUUCUGAUCUGGUGGCUUGAGCUAACAGGUGGUGUGUCGCAACCCAACUCCUUUUUUAAAUGACAGAGGUCUGGGAUGCCACAGCCCAAAAGGAAAGUGCCUUUCUCCAGGGCUGCAGUGUGGAGCUUACCUUUGGAGAAGAACUUUUAAUCGAGCAUGCCCUAUCCCACAACUCUCCCAGAGAGGAGGUACCUGUCGAACUGGAUGGCCUACAUAGGUACUUUUCCCCCACCCCCAGAAUGCAGAGAGACAGGAACAUGCUGAAGGGUAAAGCUGGUGAGAACUCUUUCUUCAUUGCCCCUUCUUCCUUGGAAGGAUCUGCUGAAGCUCAGCAUGUAUGUGAUGUACAGUUCCUACUAGCACAUCAAUCUCAAAGAGAUUUGGAUGUUGUUCAAGUAUUCACAGGAGGCAGCAAGGGCAGUCGUGAAGUACGUGUCCUGGGUGAUAUGGCACCACACUGAAUGAAUGCAUCUCUGGGAGCUGGCACCAUAUUCUGAGGUGUAGGCUGUGUUGGUUUAUGGAGACAGUUGCAUCAAUGAAUUCACCUAGCAUAGGCUCUUUGAAAUGUCUUCUGUUUGAUAAAAACAAUCCUGGGUACAUAUAUCGGCUGGAAAACCAGAGUGGACCCAGCCACUUCUUGCCCUGAGGUUUGGAAGCUGAGUGUUAGAGAAGACAAUUCACCAGGAGGCAAGACAUCCCAGGCUGACAUGGGCAAAUGAAAAGGGCUAUUAAAAUUUUUUUACACCUUGGAAAAUUGCAGGCUUGGUAGAGAGAGCUCUGUCAUCUUCACCCUGGGAUGUGAGAUUACCUAGCUUUGGUAAAGGACUGCCAUGGAAAACUGCAGCAGCGACACUGUGUAAUGAGCACUGUUCCCAGCGGCAAUUACAGAGAAAAUGAGUGUAAAUUAUUUCAACUGGAAAAAAAGUCCCUUUCCUGGCUGUUUUAGAACAGGGCACACAGGAUCACCACCUGCAACUGGUACUCUCUUCUUGGUUGCUGUUUCUGUUGUGAAAUGACGAGGCCAUGUUUCUGCAUGGAUUUCCCGGGGAAGUCCUGUCCUGCUCCAGAGGGGAAGAAAGUGCACCCUCCAAUGUGAUAAAUCUUCUGACCCUCCGACGAGACUCGAGCACAUCCUGGUGCCCCUCCCGCAGGAGCCUGUGGACUCAGAAGCUCUGGGCAGGAUGGUUCCAGCUAGGCAUGCUGAUCCUCCUUCAGACACAGAAGCCUGUUCGAGUCUCUCCCCAGGCUGCUGAUACAGGACUCAAAAGACAAUUCUGAACCCCUCAGGUUCUCUGCAAGGGGCAGACCAUGGGUAUGAACAUUGUGCCUGGCUCAAAAUGGUCUGUGGACUGCUGCUUUAGACAUAGAAGUCCUCGGAACUGCCUGCCAGUCACGCAUGCUCUGAGUCAGAACACAGAGACACUCUGGUGUGGCUUCUAGGGAAGCCAUUCACGGUCCUCUGUUAUCAGCUGUGGGCAGAGGUUCGUUAUCACUUGCUGCCUGGUUUCCUAGGGGCUUCCUGUGCCCCUGGCCCAGCCAUCCUCCAGGUAGCUAUGGCACAGCCCAUUCUGCUGCAACUGGAAAGUACAGAGAACCUGCACUGCUCAGAGCAGAUGGUGGCUUCUGGAGGCACACAGUGGGAGUACGCCCCUUCACUUUACUGGCCAGUUGCUGGAGAAUGCUAUACAAGAAAAUUCUAGGCAGAUCUACUCUUGGCAUCCCCGAGAGUUAAAGGCUUGGAGUCUAGGAAAGGUCAUGCCAUCAUGGAGAACACAGGUCCUUUGGGUAUGUGUAAUCAGUGUCCUCCCAAAUUAGUUCUCCUUUUUGUAUUAACAGCAUUUCUCCCUUUAAAGAACAGUUGAGAAUUGAGAAGAAGACAGUGCAGUAGCUGGUGUGGCCUUGAAAAGUAUGGUUCCGUCAGGUGGCCUGAUUGCAUGUGCUGUUCCAGCCUGGGGCACCUGCUGACUCCGAUCCACAUGGCCAGCACCAGGCAGAGGUCUCCAUCUUCAGCACCCUCAAGAAGCUAACUCUAUACCCCUCUCCUUUGCUGCUCCUCCUUCCUUAGUGCUUGUUCAGGUAGCCCCAGCUGUAUGGAUUAAAGUCCUUGGCUGGGCUCUCAUGGCAGCUGGCUACCUUCCAGACUGUGCCUACAGAGACCAAUGCCUGUAGAGAGACCUGGCAUUGAGGAAAGCCUAAAAUGGAGAGCAGGGCCUCUCUUAGGAAGAACUCAAGGCGGGCAAGGCUGCUGGCAGACUUCUCCACUGACCUGAGUGUUUGUUUUUUUUUUUAACAAAACAAACAAAAAACCUCGUUAAUGUAUUGCAUCAAGCCUCGGUGCUUAUGGGGUGCUGUGGUCUUGAUCUUCCCCAACUUGCUUCUCAGAGCUGGGAUGUAUUCCAGAGCCUGAUGUUUUUAUUCAAACCACAGAAAGGAUUUCUUCAAGUAGCAUGUGCAGUCACGCAUGUGCCUGAGUUGUCUGGAGCAGAGGCAAAUAUCUGACUUCAUUCUUAGCCCCAAGCUGCCACUUCUGAGUCCUCGAGAGACUGGGGAGGCACACAGCUCUAACUGCACUGUAUUCUUACUGUGUGACUAGAUAAUGUGAGCUCUUUACAUUAGAAGCAACCUGGUCAGAGCUCACUCCUUCUGUCUGUGUGUGGCAUCUGUGUUCCAUUACUGGCCCCUUUGAAGUAAUGGCCUUCACAGAGCACAACAACUUCCCGGUGGGUAGAAAGCCACACACCAGGAUGUGGGUCAACCGUGAAGAUGUGGCAUUGCAGACAGGGGAACAUGUGGAUGCAUGACUAUCACCCUGAACAGCCCCUGCAGUUGCUUGUGUUAACACAAAAGUGAUGUUUAGCAUUCUGCCGCUUUCAUAUUUAUGUAACAAUUCCUUAAAGCCAUUCAGAUGGGUAACUAUUUAAUUUCUUAAAGACAGUUGUAAAGGUCUCUCUCCUGAGGACAAUGACUUGGUAGAACUGGGACACAGCCAGUCCCAGACACUGGUGGAGGCUGCAGUGACUUUUUUGGCUCAGGAUCCACAGGCAUCAGAGUAGACUGGGCCAACAAGUGGUGGCAUGUGCAAACAGGCUGCCCUAGUCAAGCCCAGUCCCUUCAACAGCACGUCUGCUGCACCAAGGCCCCUCCCUUCUGGAAGUAGAAACUUCACAUGGGAAUCGGAGCCAUCUUUUUAUCCCAGAAGCCUUUGCUGCUGCCAGGGCAAGUGGGCUGGUGUGGACUCUUGUUUAAGGGUGUUUGGAGGCUGAGGUUACUGUCACUCCUUAGCCAGCCAGGCCUUUAGUGUUUUUGUAAAAAGCAUGUAUUUAUAGUGUUUUAGAUUUUUCUAACUUUUGUAUCUUACAGCAUUUUACCCCAUUGUUAAAGAGCCGUGCCCCCUCUUAUAAGCGCCCUUCUAAUAAACUUUUCACUGUAAAGCUCCUGAGCCAGGAGCACAGUCUGA